GCAGGAUCCGAAAUAAAUUUACCUAAUACGGUGGAGAUUGAAAAUGGCCGGGUUCUUGCGAAAGCAAUAAUUUUGGGUGAAUCUAUUAUUGAGCAAGUUCCUGCAGCUGAAAUCCUUAUCACCGCAGUGACUCCAGAUGCAAAGACUCCUGAAGGUGCUGAUUUGAAAGCCUCUGAAGUUGUUAUUCAGUUGCCUACUGAGAAGAAUCUAAGCAGAGGAGGCAGCCGCAGUGUCUUUGAGUUGGAUUGUAUACCUCUUUGGGGUUCUGUGUCCAUUUGUGGAAGAAGACCUGAAAUGGAAGAUGCUGUUGCUGUUGUACCACGGUUCAUGAAAAUUCCCAUCAAAAUGCUUAUUGCUGAUCAUGUCAUUGAUGGAAUGAAUCAAAAUCUAACUCACCUUACUGGCCAUUUUUUUGGCGUUUAUGAUGGUCAUGGUGGCUCUCAGGUUGCUAACUACUGCCGUGACCGGAUCCAUAUAGCUUUGGCUGAAGAAAUCAGAAGUACCAAAGAUGAUUUAAAAGAUGGGAUUAGGGGAGAGAAUAAGCAUGUGCAGUGGGAGAAGACGUUUAAUAGUUGUUUUGUAAAGGUUGAUGAUGAGAUUGAAGGAAAAGUUAGCAGAGAUAAUGGAGAUGGUUCUGAUGUUAUUUCUGAGCCUGUUGCUCCAGAGACUGUUGGAUCAACAGCUGUUGUUGCCUUAGUAUGUUCUUCACAUAUUAUAGUUGCAAACUGUGGUGAUUCAAGAGCAGUUUUAUGCCGCGGCAAGGAGGCCAUGGCAUUGUCUGUUGAUCACAAACCAGAUAGAGAAGAUGAGUAUGCAAGGAUAGAAGCAUCUGGAGGCAAGGUUAUACAGUGGAAUGGACACCGUGUAUUUGGUGUUCUUGCAAUGUCAAGGUCGAUUGGGGAUAGAUACCUGAAACCAUGGAUAAUUCCAGAACCAGAAGUGAUAUUUCUCCCUCGUGCGAGAGAAGACGAAUGUCUUAUUUUGGCUAGUGAUGGAUUGUGGGAUGUCAUGUCAAACGAAGAAGCUUGUGAAGUGGCUCGAAGGCGGAUUCUACUGUGGCACAAAAAGAAUGGCGUACCAUCUCUUGUGGAGAGGGGGAAGGGGAUUGAUCCUGCAGCCCAAGCAGCUGCUGAUUACCUCUCAAUGCUUGCUCUUCAGAAGGGAAGCAAGGACAACAUCUCUGUGAUUGUGGUGGACUUGAAAGCUCAAAGGAAAUUUAAGAGUAAAUCUUGAUACCGUAAUCACUCAUGAUCUCAUUCUAAGUCUAUAUACCUACAUUGGAGAAAAAAAGUACAUCUAAUGGAAAUACAUAGCUAAGUCCAUUCCUUUUUCUCAUGGGCGUAUUGCAUGUCCAAGAAUAGAAAUCAUUAUGUGCUUCAGCAACUGUACCUGAAUGCAAUAUUUUGCUUGUGCUUUGAUAUGCAAAUUACCAACUUACAGUUUCUGUAGGUCUCAUGUGUAACAAGUUUGGAGAUCCUCCAUUAUUCAA